AUGCGUCUCUAUCAACAUUCAGCUCGAUGUCCAAUAGCACUUCGUUCAUUUCUAGAUUGUAAUCCAAGCUAUUGGUGCUUUAUUCCUCUACUUUGGGAGGAAGCACUAGCAGAAAAUACUGUUCACUUCCGAGGAAAUUCUACUGUAGACCCUGACGUGGCCUAUGCAAUGGCAACCGCUGCCAUAAAUAAUCAUCGAGUGACUCGAUGUCUAGAUAGUGUGCCAUUACCACCGGCUGCUUAUGCUUUCUCAUAUCGACAACUACAAAAACAGCGUGUUUUUUUCGAACAACUUGUCUGUUCUUCCAUUCACGCACGGCCUUAUGCUGUAUUGGAUUUAUAUAAAAUGGCGAUUAUUGCUGUUCUACCCAAUGAUCAUUCGGUUAUACUACGAUACAUCAUCGAAACAUUAUUCAUUAUUCAUGGUGAAACGAAAUUGAAUAUGAUUUGUCCAAUUGGUAGUGAUGCUGAACAACGCUAUGGUCGUCCGUAUGAUCUUGUUUGGUGUGCUAAUUUGAAUCGUUCAUCAAUGUGA